AGUACCAUUCCUUCUGUGCUUUACCUCUCCGAAACCAUAAGAUUCUUGGCCGCGCAAGAAGAAUAACUUCAAUGACUGCAGACCAUCGAAGUGUCGAGCGUAAAGAGUAUUAGUGUUAUCGUUUUUCCCGAAGAUUCAGUUUUAUUUUUGACUUUGUCGCUCUUUUUCUUAUGUUUGACGUGUUGAACUUUACACCAGUGCAUUUUUCGAGUAAAAAAGUGGAAUAAUCGAUACUCGUCCGAAUUUUUUUUUUUGCGAUAAAAACUUGUGUUUAUUUCUUGUGGUCCUAUAGUAGACAUGGAUUUCAUAAUACGAUGGCAGUCUGCUUUUAUGGUUGGGAUUUUAUUAGCUACUGUUCCUGAUCUUGUUCUCUCAAAAAACGAAGACAUGUCUACCUCGAUGGAUUACAGCAUCAGCAGUGUAUCAAGAUCAAUACGUGCAGAACCUGAUCAGUCCAAUGGUACUAGCAUACCUUCUGUCCAAAGCCAACCGUUGACUGAUGUAAAGAAUCACUCAAGAGAAGCCUUAACUCAGGAUGCCAGCGAAUCGGUGAUAUUCAUAGGAGAUACAUCAGGAUAUGUUCCUUUACCGCCUGUAAGAGAUAGAGAACUUCCAUCAGCACCAGAAGAUGUAGAUUGGAAACUACCUGUGGACAAUUGGGAUAGAGAGUAUAGAAAAUUCAGACAUAACACCACAAGAGUACAACAUAUUGAAGCGGAAUGUCAGGAUGAUUACAUGAAGAUCAGGGUUGGAUUCAAUGGAACGUUCAGUGGUUUGGUCUAUUCAGCUGGAUAUGCCUACGACCCUGAUUGUAUGUACAUUAAUGGAACAGGAAGGGACUAUUAUGAAUUCUACAUUCAACUGAACAGAUGUGGAACCCUAGGAAAGAACACACACAAUGAAGACAACAGCAAAGCACCCACAAAAAACUUUAUGUGGAACACUGUUACGGUACAAUACAAUCCAUUGAUCGAAGAAGAAUUCGAUGAGCAUUUCAAAGUGACCUGUGAAUACGGAUAUGACUUUUGGAAAACUGUCACUUUUCCUUUCCUGGAUGUUGAAGUUGCCACAGGAAACCCUGUGGUGUUUACGCUAACACCACCAGAAUGUUACAUGGAAAUAAGAUACGGCUAUGGAACUUCUGGAAACAGAGUAACAGGACCAGUCAGAGUUGGAGACCCACUCACUUUGAUAAUUUAUAUGCGUAGUAAAUACGAUGGAUUCGAUAUCGUUGUCAAUGACUGUUAUGCUCACAAUGGCGCAACCAAAAAGAUACAACUGAUUGAUGAAUAUGGAUGUCCGGUUGACGAUAAGCUAAUAUCAAGAUUUAGAGGAUCCUGGUCGGAAUCAGGCCUUUUUGAAACUCAGGUUUUCGCGUACAUGAAAACCUUCAGAUUCACAGGAUCUCCUGCUUUAUACAUUGAAUGCGAUGUCAGAAUGUGCCAUGGAAGGUGUCCAAGUCAGCCUUGUCACUGGAGGAACGUUAAAAAUUUGAGAAAGAGAUCCAUCGCAGACAACAACUCAUCUCUGGUUACUCCUCCUAGUUUAUCGGAAAAUUUGAACCUUUUUCAGUCCUUACGUGUGCUACAAGAGGGCGAAACUGAUGAAGACAGAAAUCUAACUUUAUCUGUUAAUCGCGGCGAUCCAGGCACAGUCUGCAUGAAAACAGGAUGGUUUUCGGCCCUGUUGGCAAUUGGUGGUACACUCAUGUGUUUGUUGGGGUGUGCACUGUUGGCGACAUGCACCAAGUUGAGGAGAGCUGCCAUAGACAAGAUGUUGCCACAUUCUUUCAAUGGAUACAUGAAUCACAAGGGCAACAUCAACUGAAUAAGUUCAAUUGAAGUUUCAAGAACUGUACAUAUUUCUCACACACAUAUUAUUCGAUUAAAAUCUCGAGGAAAUUAGACAAAAAUACAGUGUGUUUCUGAAUUGAUGCAAGAUUUCAAAAUGAUACUUCGAUACCUCUUGUUGGAAUUGCAAACCAUUCAGAAAUUAUAAAAAUUCGAACAGUAAAAAAAUUCUUAAUUUGUAAUAUUUGUGUCGAAAAGCCAGAAUAUUAAUUGAAUCUCAUGUAUUAUUUCUUUUUUGAAAUUUGAAAAAUCGGAAUUCAAAAAAAUUGUAACUAGAUCUUAGUUAAGUUAAUAUAAGUUCCUUGGUUCCGUUGGUUGCUGUGAAGAAAAAAAUUCAUUUAUCUAAUGAAUAGAGAUAUGUAUGGAUGAGUAAUUUCAAACAUAUACGGAGGACAUAUAUUAGAUAAUGAAAGUUAGAAAAAUCUUCUUCUAUAUGGUUGAAAUGAAGGAUUUAAAUUGAGAUGAUUGGGACUCAAAUAUAUAAUGGUAUUUAUUUUCCCAUAUAAGGAAACUUCUUACUUCAAACUGUAUAUACAAAUUCACAAUGUAAUAUGAAAAAUUUUAUUUCAUGUAUUAUAAUAUAUGAAUAUAUUUAUGAGAAAAAGCCAAAAA